AUGUUGGCUAUAUUUCAAAAGACGUUUGCUCAUCCACCGGAGGAACUAAACAGUCCGGCGACAAAUGUCUCCGGCAAAAACCCUAAACUUCCCGGAGAAACUCUCUCCGACUUCCUCUCCGAUCACCCCAACACAGCUUUCUCAAUGAACUUCGGUGACUCCGCCGUUCUUGCUUUCUCCCGUUCCGAGAACACUCACCGUCAAAGGGUGUUUUGUGGAAUCGAUGGAAUCUACUGUGUGUUCUUGGGGACAUUAAACAAUCUUUGUGAAUUGAACAAACAAUAUGGAUUAUCUGGAAAAGCAUCAAACGAAGCUAUGUUUGUAAUCGAAGCUUAUCGAACAUUACGUGAUCGUGGUCCUUAUCCAGCUGAUCAAGUUCUUAGAGGUCUUGAUGGAAGUUUCGCUUUUGUUGUCUACGAUACUCAGAGUUCCUCUGUUUUCGCAGCUCUGGGAUCUGAUGGAGCAGAGAGUUUGUAUUGGGGAAUAGCUGCAGAUGGAUCUGUUGUUAUGUCUGAUGAUCUUAAGAUUAUUAAGCAAGGUUGUGCGAAAUCGUUCGCUCCUUUCCCGGCCGGUUGUAUGUUUCAUAGUGAGUCUGGUUUGAUGAGUUUUGAGCAUCCGAAGAAUAAGAUGAAGGCGAUGCCGAGGAUUGAUAGUGAAGGAGUAUUAUGUGGAGCUAACUUUAAAGUCGAUGCUUGUUCAAAGAUCAGUAGCAUUCCGAGAAGAGGAAGUGAAGCUAAUUGGUCUCUGUCGAAUUCGAGUUAA